GAAAAGCCCAACUAACCGAAAGAAUAUCCAAAAAAACUAAAUAUCCGCAAAAUCAAGUAUCGAGAAUAAUUGAAGAACUUUUAGAAGAAACCAAAAAAUCUCUCUUAAAAGGUGAAGAAGUGAGAUUACAAGGUUAUUUUACUCUCAAAACUGUCAUGACUGCUCCUCGCAUGGCUAUGAAUUUACAGACUAAGAAAAAGAUGAAAGUGCCAAGCAAAAAAGUGCCCAAGUGUAAAUUUAGUGUAAGUUUGAAGGAGGAGAUUAGUAAGAAGAAAUAA